AAAACAAAAAACGUCAAAUUUUUAGAUUCAGGUUACUUUUUAAUAACACAAUUUUUUUAUAUUCUUUUGUUUUAAUUUAUUACGAUUCAUUUGACUAAACACUUAUCCUUUCAGACUAAAUGUUGGGUACACUUUUUUUAAACUAGGCGUCAUUUUGAUCUCGUGAUAGGAGGAAAUAAAAAGUACUGGGCUGUGAUCUGCCACAGUUCGUCACUGCAAAAACAAGUGGACAUACAUUACACAGGGUGGUCUAAAGGGAAAAUCAACAUGGACUUAAGAGCUGGCUCCGUUGUUUUGCUGUGCUUAAUGGGACUCACCUGUGCGGAUCCAGUCAAGUACAUCGAUUGUGGCUCAUCCUCAGGCAAAGUGACCAUUGUGGACAUUAACCCUUGUGCCACUCAGCCUUGCCAACUCCGCAAAGGACAGUCCUACAGUGUUAAUGUGACCUUCAAUAGUGCUGUGGUGAGCAAGACAAGCAAAGCUUUAGUCCAUGGCGUCAUCGCCGGAGUUCCCAUCCCCUUCCCAAUCCCCAUCCAGGAUGGCUGCAAGUCUGGAAUCAAGUGUCCCAUCCAGAAGCAGGAAGGCUAUUGCUACGUGAACGCUCUGCCGGUCAAGACGGAGUAUCCUGCGAUUAAGCUCGUAGUGGAGUGGGAACUGAGAGACGACAGCAACCAAGAUUUGUUCUGCAUCAAGUUCCCAGUACAGAUUGUCAAUUAGGAGAUCUGCACAGCUUGUUGUUUUUUUUAAGGGAAUGUGACUAGUAAAAAUAAUGACUACAAUAAUGAUUCUACACGAAAGUUCUUGUUUUACUCACUUACCAAAUUGAUUUUAUGAUUCAUAUCUAUCUGUGUUGGCCCUGCGAUGAGGUGGCGACUUGUCCAGGGUGUACCCCGCCUUCCGCCCGAAUGCAGCUGAGAUAGGCUCCAGCACCCCCCGCGACCCUGAACAGGACAAGCGGUAGAAAAUGGAUGGAUCUCUUUGCCAUGUUUGACUGCACAACACCUUUUUUCUGUUUAAAGUUGUGGCCGUGGACAAAAUUGCAGUCAACAUUAAUUUAGAAGCCACAUUUCAUAUGGUGCAAAUGUAUUAAUGGCUGCUAUUUAGUCUGACUUUACACUGCAAACAUUUCUGGAUGCUACAGUAACUUUUGUAACUUCUUGCUAUCUUUGCUGUGGGACACAAACUUAAGACAUUUUUAAUGAAAUGGUAAAAAUAAAGAAUUAUUUUCAUCUUGUGAA